AUGCAGCUCAUCCCCAUUGCCACUAUCUUGACGGCCGCCGCCGCUGCUGUCUCAGCGGCACCGGCUGCGGAGCCCGCUACAUCGUCAUCCUCGCACGGUCAGGUCAAGUGCUACCAACCUCUUUCGGGCGGAAUUCUCUAUGCGAGCGGCGAGCCGUUGAAGCCGCUGUCGACAGUUGGUGAUUCAAAUCUGCUCAAGGAGCAAGGGAUUAAGCAGAGCUUCACCCUGUACAACUGCACGGCACCGGGCUACCAAGCUCCGCGCUACCGCUCCUACGGUCUACUCAAGCCAACAGGCGAUGGUCCACAGGGUGACAACUGCCUUGGCGCCGUCUCCUCUGCCUCAACUUCCCGCGUUCGUCUGCAGAAAUGCGCCAAGUACCCUGGCCAGGCCCUUGACAACCAGUGGUUCGAGUCUGGCGACGACAACCUCCAGCUCACGGGCAAGCCUUCCGGACCAUAUGGCAAUGCUACGGCGCGUGCCAGCCUCAAGUUUACUGGCGAGAUCGUCGAAGUCACUAACGAAGAUUACGGCCAGCUGCCCCAGUUCCUGGUCGAGGACAACUAA